UGAGAGUAGCUAGCUCUACUGAACAACUUCCGCCGGGGCAGGAUUUAAAAAGUACUUGGUCUUGUCUUCAAAACUACCGUCUUAUUUUCUGUAAAUAAAAUCGUCUAUACUAUUUCUGUCACACUUCCCGCGGAUUUCUUCCUCCUCUUGAUUUGCUGCAGAGAGUUGCUGCCACGUACUGUUGUGGAGGAUGAGUUGCAACUUCGUAACAUUAUUGAACAGUGUGCUACUGUUUUGGUAGUGUAACCGUAGCCAAAUAAUUCGUUAAUUUAGCUACUUCGGAAAAACUAUUCCGGCUUUUAAUCUGUUUUAACCACAUCGAUAACGAUUUUUGUAUUUAUGUCUUAUUAUUUAUGUCUUUAUUAGUAUUUAUAUUAUAUAUUCAGUUUAACUGGUCUUGGGAGAAUAUCGACUGAAUCAAUAGAAUAAUUUGCAUAGCGCGCUAAAACAAACAUUAGGUAUCUAAUUCAUUCAUCUAUCCAAGUCAUUUAUCAUGUGUUCCACUCGUUCGUACGUAAAAAAUAUUGAUAUGCUGCUAUUUUUUUUCCUUCUUGGCAGCAUAUAUAUCGACGGUGACAUCUUUAUUGCAGCUAGCAGCUAUCUACCUUAUAAAGGCAGUUAUUUGCAGUAAAUUCGCUUACUGUGUUAGAUUUCUCUUCUGUCUGGAGAGGGAGGGGGAGAGUUUGAUGGGUUCAUUGGGUUCACCAAGCUGCCGCUACCGAAGCAGCGCCCUCUAAAGAGACCCUGGAUUGGACGAUUUCUCCUUUCAUUUCGCCAGGCUAGGGCUCUCAUAGCCUCUCAGUAGACCGGGGAGAAGUGUCAGAUGCAAGGAAAGGGGUAGCUAGGUAACCCGCCUUGCCUGGGUUUACGAUGGAAACAGCAACAAAUGUUACACAUGACCUUUGAUUCAGGACAGAAACUCGAUCAGCCGAUGACUCCAGCCGACUAGCUGCCAUUUUCAGGUCAUUCGAGGUAUCUUUGAAAUUUGUUUCUACAGCCACUAGCUGGCUGGCUAGCUGAACAUUUACAUGUUACAGCGGGUUGGCUAGUAAUGGAUAGACAAUUGUUCGUGCGCUUAACAGUGGAGAAAACGAAAUAAUUAUGGUAGAUACAUGUUCAAGAGGGAUGGAAAGAGGUAGAGGAAGGAUUACAUCAGAUUCUAUGGCGAGAGGCGCAUAUCCUCAACAGUAUGUUCACGACCCUGGAACACAGCAGCAGGGCAUAGACAUUCAGGAGCUUGCCUCUAAACGUGUCGACAUUCAGAAGAAACGGUUUUAUUUGGAUGUAAAACAAAGUGCACGGGGCAGAUUCCUGAAAAUCGCAGAGGUUUGGAUUGGAAGAGGCCGUCAUGAUAACAUCAGGAAGAGCAAAUUGACGCUGUCCAUGUCAAUGGCACCUGAUCUACGGUAUUGCUUGGGGGAUUUCAUCGAUUAUUACGCACACAUUGGGUUGCGAAGUGGCCUUGUGCCACGGCCAGAGGAGCAGAGCAAUGGUCAGGGCCGCCCGCACGAUUCCCGCAGAAGGCAGCAGGAUCACCACGCAGCACCUGUAGGCCUGUCUCCGAACGGCUCCGUGGUGUCGGAGGAGCAUACUCACCGCGUCCUGAAGAGUGAAUUUAUCGAGAGAGAUAACAGAAAGUACUACCUGGACCUGAAAGAGAACCAACGGGGCCGGUUCCUCCGCAUCAGACAGACUGUCAGCAGAGGACAUGGAACCAUGGGUUAUUACGGUCAGGGUAUAGAGCAGACUAUAGUGUUGCCGGCUCAGGGGCUAAUCGAAUUCAGAGAUGCACUGUCGCAGCUGAUUGAAGACUAUGGCGAUGAUGAUGCCACCGAUGAGCGAGGAAGAGGGAGUAGGAACCACGAAGAAGCCCCCGAGCUUCCCGAAGCCGCAUCUUUUCGAGUAGACAAUAAGAGGUUUUAUUUCGACGUUGGUUCCAACCGGUACGGUGUUUUUUUAAAGAUUAGUGAGGUACGACAGCCAUACAGGAACACCAUAACAGUUCCAAUGAAAGCCUGGGCCAGAUUUGGGGAGAAUUUCAUCAGGUAUGAAGAGGAAAUGCGGCGAAUUUUCACCUGUCACAAGGAGAAGAGGACAGAGCCUCGCGAAGACAGUAGUGAAGACCAGGAGGAUUGACAAUGGCAUGCUAUGGUUGUUAGAGGUAUAGUGAUGGUGGGUUCAAACGGGGAAGGGAAAAGCUAAACGUGACAAUAUCUUUAUAAUACACAAUAUUCUUAACGUACCUCUAUUAUACUGUACUGUACUGUAUGACUCAUGUCAACUAGCUGUUUUAAAAUGUUCUUAAUUAUACCUGUUUCAUUCCUAGUAUAUUUAGAUGAUGGCACCCGUUUUUUAAAUGGGUGACGGAGGGAGGGUUGCCUAUUUUUGCACAAUGAAAACUGACAGACAAAAUGCUAGUUGACAUAUGUCAUCUAUAUGAAGCGGAUCCUUUUUUUUUUUUUUUAUUGUAGCGGAAUGUCCAUGAAUUGCAGAGUUUUCAGUGGAUGUGCGUGUGCGCAUGUGCAUUUUUGCGGGUGGGAAAAGGUGAGACAUGACGGUGUACAACUUCCUGUAUCUCACAGGCAUGGUAAGGGGUUAUUGUCAAAUUUAGAUACCGCUGAAAGCUGGUAGUUUAUGCAUCAGCGGUCAUUUGUCUUUGCGUCAUUGGUAUAUUUAGUAGUAUUUCAUGGGUGGGGAAAGCAUCUUCGAAUAUAAAAAGGAGUUAUGAAUGAUUUGGAGGUUGGUUUUCCCCUUUGUUGGGUCUCUAACCACAUGAUCUUCAUAGCUGGGUUAAAAUCUUGCACACUGGCUUAGAACCCAUUGCCGAUCAUAAAAUGCACGAGAACGAGUGGAAAUCUUUUGAAUGAAUUCUACACAGGUUACACUACUGUAAAAUAUCUGUAAACGAUGUCUGCAAAAUUCUCUUUCAAUGCCUACAUGAAAAAUAUGAUUCAUUGGCAUUAAUACGACUUACAAAUGUGUCCGAUGUCAGUUAUGAAAUAGCUGAUCAGUAGUGAUGCUGCACUUAGUUAUAACGUUUUGUGUUGCUUCUUCUCAAGUAUAUGUUCACAAACUUGUUGAUCGAAAUAUGAUCCACCUUUAUCUCACCGGUGAGCACGGACAAUGUUGUUCAUUCCGCUUUUUCGUGGGCAUUCAGAAUGACACCUCCUUUCUGUUGUGCAGUAGUUUUGACCGAGCCUCAUAUGGCCGUUGUGAUUCGGAGCGGUUUAAGUAGGUUCCCGUCUGGGAGACUCCCUCUGUUGUAGACUUAACGCUGCUCAUUGUCCAGAGUUUUGACACUUCAGAAGUAAACAUUCUGAUGCCUUCAUGAAUCUUAUGACGAUACUUGAAACAUUGAGAUCCAACCCAUGCGUCUAUAGAAUAUGGCCCAAAUGCAACGUAGUCAGCAGGGUCCUUAAAUUAUCCUUUAACCCCACUUUGUCUUUUGCAUGUUAUUUAAUGCGUCUGACUGUAACAUUAUGUACAUAUCAACAAAUACAUUUAAAUGUAUCACAAUUUGUCUUCACAUGGAUAUCUGCCGUAAUAUAUUUUUAGUCUCAAUUGUUACUGACACUGGUGCUAUAGAUAAAUGCCUGACUCCAAAAACAGGACAUCCGUAUUGAUCCAGCCUUUGUUGCCCACAUGUAAAUUAGUCCGAAUACAUGUGAAGGGGGAUUUGAGAGCAGACU